AUGGCUCUCAUAGUCGACAAGCACCGGCCACGGUCGUUGGAUGCUCUCACCUACCAUCAGGAAUUAUCUGAAAGACUACGGUCCUUGGCCCAAAGCGGCGAUUUCCCUCAUCUCCUCGUCUACGGACCCUCGGGUGCCGGCAAGAAAACACGCAUAGUGGCAACACUGAAAGAGCUCUAUGGGCCGGGAGUAGAGAAGAUCAAAAUCGACGCCCGUGUCUUCCAGACAACAAGCAAUCGCAAGCUCGAGUUCAACAUAGUGGCGUCCAACUACCACCUCGAAAUCACACCGUCCGAUGUGGGCAACUAUGACCGUGUUGUGGUGCAAGAUCUGCUCAAGGAGGUGGCCCAGACGCAGCAGGUGGACCAGGCCGCACGGCAGCGCUUCAAGGUGGUUGUCAUCAACGAGGCAGACCACUUGACACGCGACGCGCAAGCGGCGUUGCGCCGAACCAUGGAGAAAUACUCGCCCAACCUACGGCUUAUCCUGCUCGCCAAUUCCACAGCCAACAUUAUCGCGCCUAUCCGGUCACGGACGCUCCUGGUGCGGGUUGCGGCGCCGACGCACGAGGAAAUAUGCGACGUGCUGGCAUCCAGCGCGGAACGGGAGGGCUGGCCAGUCGUACCUGGGUUGCACAUGCGGAUAGCGCAGGAGAGCGGGCGGAAUUUGCGGCGGGCGCUUCUCAUGUACGAAUCGGUGCAUGCGCAGAACGAGAAAGUUACAGAGGCGACAAGAAUUCCGCCGCCAGAUUGGGAGGCUCUAAUAGGGCAGAUCGCGAAGGAAAUCAUGGAGGAGCAUACCCCGGCGAGGAUCCUGCAGGUGCGGGCCAAGCUUUACGACCUCCUAACGCACUGUAUUCCAGCGACCACGAUCCUCAGGACGCUCACGUUCAAGCUGAUACCGAUGAUCGACGAUGCACUCAAACCCGAGGUGGUGAAAUGGUCGGCCUUUUACGAGCACCGCAUCCGGAUGGGGACGAAGGUCAUCUUCCAUCUGGAAGCCUUCGUGGCCAAAUUCAUGAGGAUUAUCGAGAUGUAUCUGAUGAGCAUGGAACUCUGA